AUGGAGUUCCUUACUCUCGUCGGCUCCGAGGCCUACACUGCCAAACAGGCCGAUGAGCUUAAGACGCGCAUCAACAAAAUCCAAGACUCCAACAAGGUCGCCAGUGUCACCGGCAUCUGGGUCUACUACGUCCACCUCAAGAACAGCGACAACAACCUCAUCGUCCAGCAGAAGCUGACAAAGUGGCUCGGCCUGCCCGACCAAACCAAUGCUCAGAUCGCCGCCAACACUGAAUCCCAAAAGACGUACUAUGUCACCCCGCGGAACAUCUCGCCCUGGUCAUCCAAGGGAACCAGCAUCACUCACGUCUGCGGUCUUUCAGACCACAUUGACCGCAUUGAGCGUGGCCGCGCCAUCACCAUCAACUUUGAGAACCCCGUCUCGGAGGACGAUGUUGCCUUCAAGGAUAUCGUCUACGACCGCAUGACCGAGACCAUUGGCCUGUCUCGCCCUGACCUGUCCGCCAUGUUCAUCGAGGGCCAAAGAUUCCCCCUCGAGAUCGUCGACAUUUUCGGCAACGCUGACCCCGUGGACACUCUCAAGUCUUACAACAAGCAGUUCGGCCUGGCCAUGGACGACUCCGAGAUCGAGUACCUCGUCGAGGUCUUCAAGCGCCUCGGGCGCAAUCCUCACGACGUGGAGCUCUUCAUGUUCGCCCAGGUCAACUCGGAGCACUGCCGCCACAAGCAGUUCAACGCCAACUGGACCAUUGACCAGCAGCAGAUGGGCAAGAGUCUCUUCGAGAUGAUCAAGAACACCCACAAGUCCAACCCCAACUUCACCGUCUCUGCCUACAGUGAUAACGCCGCCGUUCUCCAGGGAGAGACUGCCAGUUUCUGGGCCCCUGACUACUCCACUGGUAGCUGGAAGCUGACCAAGGAGGUCGUCCACGUUCUCGUCAAGGUUGAAACGCACAACCACCCUACCGCCAUCUCCCCCUUCCCCGGUGCUGCCACUGGUGCCGGAGGUGAGAUUCGCGACGAGGGCGCCGUCGGUCGGGGCUCUGCCCCCAAGGCCGGUCUCUGCGGUUUCUGGGUGUCGGACCUGUUGAUUCCCGAUGAGAAGGCCCCCUGGGAGGUUGACCUUGGCAAGCCUGCUCACUUCGCCAGCAGUCUUGACAUCAUGCUGGAGGCCCCCAUCGGUAGUGCUCGCUUCAACAACGAGUUUGGCAGGCCCUGCCUGCUCGGUUGCUUCCGCACUCUCCUGACCAAUGUCGGCCAAGAGGACUCUCCUGAGUGGCGCGGUUACCACAAGCCCAUCAUGAUUGCUGGUGGUGUCGGAACCGUCCGCCCGCAGCACGCUCUCAAGGAGCUCGGAGACGUCCACGAUGGCGCCCACGCCAUCGUCCUUGGCGGUCCCGCCAUGCUCAUCGGUCUCGGUGGAGGAGCCGCCUCCAGCAGUGCCUCGAACGAGGAAACCGCCGAGCUGGACUUUGCCAGUGUUCAGCGUGGCAACCCUGAGAUGGAGCGCCGCGCCCAGAUGGUCAUCGACACCUGCGCCGCCCUUGGCGAGCAGAACCCCAUUGCCAUGAUCCACGACGUCGGCGCUGGCGGUCUGUCCAACGCCCUCCCCGAGCUUGUCAAGGAUGCUGGCUUCGGUGGCAAGUUCGAGCUCCGUCAAGUGCACAGCGCAGACAGCAGCAUGAGCCCUCUGCAGAUUUGGUGCAAUGAAGCUCAGGAGCGUUACGUCUUGCUCGUCAACAAGGAGAACGUCAACCGCUUCGUCAGCAUCUGCCGCCGCGAACGAUGCCCCUUCUCUGACGUUGGAACUGUCGUCGCCAAAGACGCAGAGGGCAACGCCAAGCUGACCCUCAGCGACCGCGACUCUCCCGAGAACCCCAUGCCCAUCGAUCUCCCCUUCAACGCUCUCUUCCCUCCUGGCCGCCGUCUCGAGCGUGUCGUCGAGUCCCGCAGACUGGAGCUACCUACCUUCAACGCUGCCUCUGCUCUGGCUGCAGCCGGCGUUGCUGGGGCCACCGACUCUGCCGCCCUCAUCACCGCAGCUACUGAGCGCGUCUUCCGCAUGCCUGCCGUCGGCUCCAAGUCUUUCCUCAUCACCAUUGGCGACAGGACCGUCGGCGGUUUGUCCGUCCGCGACCAGAUGGUCGGUCCCUGGCAGACUCCCGUCGCCGACUGCGCCGUCACCGCAACCUCGUUUAGCCUUGGCUCCAGCACCCGCACCGGCGAGGUCAUGGCCAUGGGCGAGAAGCCUCAGCUCGCUCUCAUCUCCCCUGCUGCCUCCGCCCGCAUGGCUGUCGCCGAGAGUUUGCUCAACCUUGGCGCCGCUGACUUCCUCGGUCAGCUGGACCGUGUGAAGCUGUCCGCCAACUGGAUGGCCGCCGUUAACCACCCUGGUGAGGGUGCUGGUCUCUACGAGGCCGUCCGCGCCAUCGGUAUGGAGCUGUGCCCCCAGCUCAAGAUUUCCAUCCCCGUCGGCAAGGACUCCACCUCGAUGAAGGCGUCGUGGAAGGACCGCGAGUCUGGCGAGGCCAAGAGCGUCACGGCGCCCAUGUCCGUCAUCAUUACCGCUGUCACCGUCGUCGACGACGUGCGCAACACCUGGACUCCCCAGCUCCGCCGCGUCGAGGAUGUCGGCGAGACGAUCCUCAUGUACGUUGACCUCGCCGAGGGCAAGAAGGCCAUGGGCGGCUCUGCCCUGGCACAAUCACUGGGACAGAUGGGCAACGAGGCACCCGAUGUGCGCAACGUGGAUCUCAUUACGGACUACUUUGAUGCGCUGCAGCAACUGCACAAGAGCGGUGUCGUCCUCGCCUACCACGACGUCUCCGACGGUGGUCUCAUCACUGCCGUCGCCGAGAUGAUGUUCGCCGGCCGCUGCGGCGUCGACCUCAUGCUCGACGGCAUCGCCAAGUCCGGCUCUCCCAACGACGUUCUCGAGGCCCUCUUCCACGAGGAGCUCGGCGCCGUCUUCCAGGUCCGCAAGGAGGACGAGACCAACUUCAAGCGCUGUUUCGCCACCUGCGGCCCUCCCCCCGGCCUCAUUCGCAAGUUCGGCGUUGUUCAGCCCAAGGCCAACCAGACCCUCAACAUCCGCUACGGCGGCCACACACCCAUUGUCAGCCUCGACCGCGCCGAGAUGCAGAAGUGGUGGUCGAGGACGUCGUACGCCAUGCAGAGGGAGAGAGACAACCCGGCAUGCGCCGACAGCGAGUACGCCCUCGUCUCCGACUCCACCGACCCGGGUCUGUCGUACAACCUCACCUUCUCCCCCUCGGAGAACAUCAUGCCCCUGACGGCGUCUCUGGGCAGCCUGCUCCGCAAGGCGCCCCGCGUCGCCAUCCUUCGCGAGGUGGGCGUCAACAGUCACCGCGAAAUGGCCUUCGCCUUCAAGGCGGCCGGCUUCGACCCCAUCGACGUGCACAUGUCGGACGUCCUUGCCGGCAGGUCGCUCGCCGACUUUGUGGGCGUCGCGGCGGGCGGCGGCUUCUCGUACGGCGACGUCUUCGGCGCCGGCGUCGGCUGGGCCCAGUCCAUCCUCGAGCACAAGCACGCGCGCCAGGAGUUUGAAAACUUCUUCAAGCGCCCCGACACCUUCGCGCUGGGCGUGUGCAACGGCUGCCAGAUGAUCACGCGCCUCAAGGAGCUGAUCCCCGGCACCGAGAACUGGCCCACGUUCGUCGAGAACGCCAGCAGGCAGUUCGAGGCGCGCUUCACCAUGGUCAAGAUCGACGAGUCCCGCGCCGCGACGCCGUCCGUCUUCCUCCACGGCAUGGACGGCUCGUCCUUCCCCAUCGCCGUCUCGCACGGCGAGGGCCGGGCCUCCUUUGCAAGCCCCAAUGCCCUCGACAACUUGGCAGACGAGGGCCUCGUCCCGCUCAGGUACGUUGACAACCGUCUGCGCGUCGCUGGGCCGGAAAGCUACCCGUACAACCCGAACGGCAGCCCUGGCGGCGUGGCGGGCGUCAGGAGCAGAGACGGCAGGGUCUUCGCCCUCAUGCCCCAUCCCGAGCGGACCAUCAUGGCGGACGUUGGUAGCUACAUUCCCUCGGAGCAGGUCGAGGCCUGGGGCGAAUUCGGCCCGUGGGUCAGGAUGUUCAAGAGCGCCAGGCGCUGGGUGGGCUGA